CAGAAGCGGAAGUCUAGGGGUAUAUCUCGUCAUUUCCUUGAGCGAGAGAAGCGCAACGGACGUGUUUUCCUUUCGCUCAGCAUGAAGGAGGUGAAGAGUGAGCGGGAGCGGGGCAGCCGGCGAAGGCACCGGGACGAGGACAUAGUAGCGGCGGCGGCGGCGGUAGUAGUGAAGCAGGAGCGCCUCAGCCCGGAGGCCGCGCCUCCUGUCCACCGCCGCCCGGACUCCUCCGGCGGGAGCGCAUCCCCGCCGGCCGGCGAGCAGGGCCGUCCUGGUCACCGCGGAAACCGAGCCCGAGGACGUAGCCGGUCCCCAACCAAAAAGAAAAAGUCUUCAGGAAGAAGAAGCAAGUCUCCUCGGAGUAACAGAAGCCGAAGCCCUCACCACUCAACAGUCAAGGUGAAGCAGGAACGUGAGGAUCAUCCCCCACGGAGAGGACGGGAGGAUAGGCAGCACCGGGAAGCAUCAGGACAGGAACACAGGCGAGCUAGGAACAGUGACCGAGACAGGCACAGGGGCCAUUCCCACCAGAGGAGAACAUCUAACGAGAGGCCUGGGAGCGGGCAGGCUCAGGGACGGGAUCGAGACCUUCAUAAUCUGCAGGCUCAGGAGGCAGAGCGAGAAUUUUAUAAUGCGCGACGGCGAGAGCAUCGCCAGAAGAAUGAAGUUAGUGCCAGCAGUAAUGAGUCUCAGGAGUCGGUUCCUCAACCUGGUGGCAACAACAAAGAAAAACCAGUGCCUGCUAAGGAAAAGCCGAGCUUUGAACUUUCUGGGGCACUUCUUGAGGACACAAACACCUUCCGGGGUGUAGUCAUUAAAUAUAGCGAGCCCCCGGAAGCACGUAUCCCCAAAAAACGGUGGCGUCUCUACCCAUUUAAAAAUGAUGAGGUGCUUCCAGUCAUGUACAUCCAUCGACAAAGCGCUUACCUCCUGGGACGACACCGCCGUAUCGCAGACAUUCCAAUCGAUCAUCCCUCUUGUUCAAAGCAGCACGCAGUCUUUCAGUAUCGGCUCGUGGAAUACACCCGUGCUGAUGGGACAGUUGGCCGUAGAGUGAGGCCCUACAUCAUUGACCUUGGCUCAGGCAAUGGAACAUUCUUGAACAACAAGCGCAUUGAGCCACAGAGAUACUAUGAACUGAAGGAAAAAGAUGUACUUAAAUUUGGGUAAUGAGUCCUCUGACACCUCUGAAGUAGACAGGAAAGAAGAUGAGGAUGAGGAGGAGGAGGAGGAAGUGUCUGACAGCUAGCAAACUAAGAAACAGCCCAAACUCUUGAGAGACCUUUCCUUUCUCCGAAGGCUUUGGGAUUGACUCAAAGAGCACAGUGGUGCUCUCUGUAACGCCUUUUAUUGCCUUAAGUCUUUCCUUGGUUGCUGGCCAGCUUGUGUUACAGUAUAAGAAAACUGACUUAUGUUUGGUCGAACUUUUUUCUGUGGCACAUCUGCCACGUGCCUGUGGGCACGUUUUCAGAACAGUCUCACCAACACAUCGUGUUUCGUAGAAGCGUUGUGGCUUUAGUUGGUGCUUUCAGAACUGUUGCCUAGGAAAUUAUAAACCAUUGGAUAAAGGGGAAUUGUGGCUUGUUCUCUUUGUACGUACAGUUACUUGAUUUAUAAGCUUUGUGGACUGGGUUUGUUUGGUUUUUGUUUCUGGGGCAAACCCCUUUUACUAAGCUUUGGUCAUCACCAAAACAGCCUCCAGUAUAUACCAAAGCUUUGACCUGGUUGAGCUCUUGAGUCACAGAAGUUGAUUUUGCACUUCUCUUUUUUGGGGGGUGGGAGUUUACCACAUGACCUCAUUAUUGACUAUUGGACUUAAACAGAUACUUUAUGGAGGCUCUUAGCAUAUGACUGUACAGGAAGAUCAUGACUACUAUCAGUGGGUGCUGAUUUAAUGCCACAAGAGGCUGAAAUGCAUCGGAGAUCUGUGUUCUGUGAGAGAAUUCUAAUUUCUCCAUGGAGCAUGUACAUAAUAAUUUUGAUCAUCUUAUCUGUUCUUCAACUUUGCAUUUUUAUUCAAAUUUUAUCUUUCUUCCUUUUUGAGAAACACACUGUCAUUUAUGUGGCAGGGUCCUAGCUUUAUUCUAACAACACAUGUAUAAGUCUAAAAGGGGUUGUGUAGUUUACAUGUUUCAUCUUUUUAAGACAUUCAGAGGUCGUAUUUACCUUUCCAAGGCUGGAAAGCAUGGGAAUUGCCCAAUUUCCUAAUUUUCCACUAGAGGAAUAUAUGUUAAGUAGAAAAAUCAUAGCUACUUACAUAUGCUGUGUGCCUGUGUGUGUGUGUGUAUGUAUGUGUAUGAAAGAGCUGCAUACUGAUUUUCAUAGGAGAAUGUUUUGUGAUGUAAAUGUAAUACUACAUUAUAGGCAAAGGCCUCCCUCUGAAGAGCAGGUUUUCAUUUAUAUGUAUUUUUGGGAUAAAAAAUAAUAAAAUUUGUAAAUAUAGUCCCAUA